UGAAUGCUCGAUUCAUACAGAGAAAGGAAGUGGCAAAGUACAUUACUAGCAGUGUCUGUCGGCGGAACCGUAAAGUUUUAAAUGGGAUGUGCUUUUUAAUUUCUUGAUCGGUUUAACGUAUAUAAUCCGCAAUAGACACACCACUUCUGGUAUUCAAUUAUACGAUUAAUAUGAUUUCAGACAAGGACUUUGUUUGGAAAACUUUGUUGCUCCCUUUUGCGGUAGCGUCAUUGGCUAGCUAACUAGCCGCCUCGAUUUGUGUUUUGAGAGAAAGGGAACUUUGAUAUUUCUCUUUCCAAGUUUACGACUUUGCUACGAAUGGGAUUACAUUAUUCGGUUAAAAAAACACCAAAACCAGGUCGUCGAUGGUGAGUGCGGAGGCAGUGCGGUAUGCUGAAGCGUGCCUCCCGGUGCCAGAAUGAGUGUCACGGAUGGCGAGGGGACGGCAGGUAGCCAGGACGCGAGGACCUACGUUCUCCAGAUCUACCCGGACUCGCGGCUCUGCCCGGAGACGGCGUCAUGCUGCACCCUCCGCGUCGCCAAGGACGCCACGGCGGCGACGGUCAUCGCGGACGCCACGGGCUCCCUGGGGCUGGACGGCUCGCGGCGCUACGCGCUGGCCGAGGUGAAGGAGUGCGGCGGCGAGGAGUGGGUGCUGGAGGCCGGCGACCUCCCGGUUCAGCGGGUCCUCCUCUGGCCCCGCCGCGCCCAGGAUAGCCACCCGCAGGGCGAGGGCUUCUACUUCCUGCUCCAGGAGCGCAACCACGACGGCUCCAUCCACUACGGCCACAUGCCCGCCCUGCGGCGGGAGAGGGAGCACCGCCGGCUGCAGGCGCGCGGCUUCCUGCCCACGCGCCAGGAGGACUACGACGACCUGUGCAACCUGCCGGCGCUGACCGUGGACGGCAUCCUGGCCAACCUGCGCUCGCGCUUCCAGAAGCAGAAGAUCUACACCUACGCCGGGAGCAUCCUCAUCGCCAUCAACCCCUUCAAGUUCCUGCCCAUCUACAACCCCAAGUACGUGAAGAUGUACGAGAACCACCAGCUGGGCAAGCUGGAGCCGCACAUCUUCGCCAUCGCCGACGUGGCGUACUACGCCAUGCUGCGCGAGCGCGUCAACCAGUGCAUCGUCAUCUCCGGGGAGAGCGGCUCGGGCAAGACCCAGAGCACCAACUUCCUCAUCCACUGCCUGACGGCGCUCAGCCAGAAGGGCUUCGCCAGUGGGGUCGAGAGGACCAUCCUGGGGGCCGGGCCGGUGCUGGAGGCGUUUGGCAAUGCGAAGACCGCCCACAACAACAACUCCAGCCGAUUUGGGAAGUUCAUCCAAGUCAAUUAUCUGGAGGGCGGUGCUGUCCGAGGGGCGGUUGUGGAGAAGUACCUUCUGGAGAAGUCUCGGCUGGUCUCCAGAGAGAAGAACGAAAGGAACUACCACGUGUUCUACUACCUGCUGAUGGGGGCAUCGGAGGAGGAACGCAAGGAGUUCAAACUUCUACAGCCGGAAGACUACCUCUACCUCAAGCAGCAAAACUUUAAGAUUGAAGAUGAGGAGGACCUGCGGCACGACUUUGAGAGGCUCCAGCAGGCCAUGGAGAUGGUGGGCUUCCUCCCGGCCACUAAGAAACAGAUCUUCUCAGUACUGUCGGCCAUCUUGUACCUGGGGAACGUGACGUACCGCCGCAAGUCCACGGGCCGAGACGAGGGGCUGGACGUGGGGCCCCCGGAGGUGCUGGCCACGCUGUCCGACCUGCUCAAGGUCGAGGAGGAGCUGCUGGUGGAGGCGCUCACCAAGCGGAAAACGGUGACGGUCAACGACAAGCUCAUCCUGCCGUACAGCCACAGCGAGGCCAUCACCGCCCGGGACUCCAUGGCCAAGUCCCUCUACAGCGCGCUGUUCGACUGGAUCGUGCUGCGCAUCAACCACGCGCUGCUCAACAAGAAGGACAUGGAGGAGUCUGUUACGUGCUUGUCCAUAGGUGUGCUGGACAUAUUCGGGUUCGAGGACUUCGAGACCAACAGCUUCGAGCAGUUCUGCAUCAACUACGCCAACGAGCAGCUUCAGUAUUACUUCAACCAGCACAUCUUUAAGCUGGAGCAGGAGGAGUACCAGGCUGAGGGCAUCACCUGGCACAACAUCGACUACACGGACAACAUCGGCUGCAUCCACCUGAUCAGCAAGAAGCCCACGGGCCUCUUCUACCUGCUGGAUGAGGAGAGCAACUUCCCUCACGCCACUGACGAAACCCUGCUGGCCAAGUUCAAGCAGCAGCACCAUGGGAACAGGUACUUCGUGCCCACCCCGGUGAUGGAGCCCGCCUUCAUGAUCCGCCACUUUGCCGGCAUGGUCAAGUACCAGAUCAAGGACUUCCGGGAGAAGAACACGGACCACAUGCGCUCGGACAUCGUGGCCCUCCUGCGCAGCAGCGACCGGGCGUACGUGCGUCAGCUGAUCGGCAUGGACCCGGUGGCCAUGUUCCGCUGGGGCAUCCUCCGGGCCACCGUCCGCGGGAUGGCCGCCUUCAACGAGGCCGGCCGGCGCUGGGCCGCCAAGACCGCAGGUGUGGUUCGGCCCAGCUGUCGGACCCCUCUGGGGGAGCUGCAGAGGUCCAACACGCCCGUGGAGAAGAUGUACCGGGAAAUGCACGCUCAAAUCAUCAGCUCCAUAAAGGACUUGCGGCUGGACGGUGCCGACCCCCGAAAGUUACUGCAGUCUUGGGGUCGCCUGCGGUUCCCUCGACGGGCCCUUCAGAAAAAUAAGAACACCAGGCAGAAGCAGCUCAUUCCUAAGAACCUCAUUGAUUCCCGCUCCCUGAAGUACAUCGUGGGCCUCACCUUACACGACCGCACCACCAAAUCUCUGAUGCACCUGCACAAGAAGAAGAAACCCCCCAGCAUCAGUGCCCAGUUCCAGACCUCCCUCAGUAAGCUGAUGGCGACUCUCAGCAAGGCAGAGCCCUUCUUCAUCCGCUGCAUUCGCUCCAAUGCUGAGAAGAUGGAGAUGUGCUUCGAUGAGGCUCUGAUACUGCAGCAGCUGCGCUACACGGGUAUGCUGGAGACGGUGCGAAUCAGGAGGUCUGGCUACGGCGCCAAGUACACCUUUCAGGAAUUCAUCCAGCAGUACCGGGUGCUGCUGCCCAACAGGCCGGAACCAUCUCAGGAAGACAUCUCCGCCCUUCUGCAGAGGAUCCUCCCGGACGACACCACCUACCAGAUCGGCAAAACCAAGGUGUUCCUGAAGGAGCCGGAGAGGCAGGUGCUUCGGGACACGCGGCACAGGGAGAUCAUGCGGAAGAUCGUAUUCCUCCAGCGCUGGUUCCGCGCCAAGCUGGAGCGGCGGCAUUUCCAGCGCAUGAGGGAGUCGGCCAUCCUCCUCCAGCGGUGCUGGCGCAGGUUCCGGACGGCGAGCCGUGACCGGGCCGCCGUGAUGAUCCAGGCGGCGUGGCGGGGGUCCCGACAGAGGGCCGAAUUCCGCCGCCAGCGGUACUGCGUGAAGAAGAUGCAGGCGCUGGUCAGGGGCCACUCGGCACGGCGGAGGUGCCAGUCCUUGCGUGAAGAGAGGAGGAUCGAGGAGGAGGAGGCUGCCAGGAAGAAGGCAGAGGAAGAGGAGGAGGCGGCCAGACUGGCGAGAGAGGCCGAGCGGGAGGCCGCGGAGAAGAGGGCGAGGGAGGAGGAAGAGGAGGAGGAGGCGCGGCAGAGAGAGGCGCGGGAGAAGGAGGAAGAGCAGGCAGCUCUGGAGCCCACUGCUGACGGCGAGCAGGACAAAGAGGAGGAGAGAGAGGAGGCGCAGGAGGAGGUCCCUGUCCAGACUCCGGAUGCGCUCGCAGAGGAGGGAGCUGCGUCUCCGCAGCCUGAGGAAGAGGAGGAGGAGCCGGAAGAGGAAGAGGAGGUGGAAGCGCUUCCUGAUGCCCUCCAGCCGGCUGAGGAGGAGACUGGGCCCGUUGCCGAGGUGGAGGAGGUGAGGCCAGCCUCUGCCCCCCUGGCCGAGGAGGAAAGCUCGGAGGUGCGGCUUACCCAGCCAGCCCUGCCUCAGGAGAAGGAGAGGAGGCGCAGGACCCCGCAGCCCCAGAUGUGCGCCUCCUCCAGGAGCCAGGAGAAGCGGGAGCUGCGGAGGCAGCGGGGCCUGGAGCACAACCAGCGGGAGAGCCAGCGGGCCGCCUCCGCCGGCACGGAGGACCCGGCCGCCAAGGGCCGGGCUCAACCGCGCGCCGACAGCAAGGAGCUGGACCAGUACACCUUCAUCCCCUGGAAGAAGAAGGAGACGAAGUCGGCCUCCCCCGGCCCCACCCGGCCCUCCUCCCUGCCCCUGGCCCCCACCUCCCGGCCGGAGAGGAACGGGCACGGGGGCCCGCCCAGCCCCUCCUCCGUGCAGCGCUACACGCACGCCACCAUGAAGGAGAAGGCCGACCACUGGAGGGAGAAGAGGACCGAGGCGGGACACCUGGACACGCCCGACCCCAGGGCCUCAGAAGACCGCACUCUGCAGAUCCGAGCAAUGUCCAUGGAUAACUUGUCCGGACUGAACUCUUCUGAAUCUGACAGCUCUGGCGCUUCUCCAUCAAACAGAGAGGUCACGGGGCGGCGCAAACGCCGCAAAAACAAACGGCGGCUAGCCUUCGCGCGUAGCCGCCUGACGUUGCAAAACGACGAACUGGACGGCUCCCUGUCCCACUCCAUGUCCUUGCUCCCCAUGUGCAUUGGGGGGUCGCCUCGGCCGAGCCACGACCCGCAGGUUGUGUCCCCCUCAGAACUCUGCCCUGACGGGGCAAAGUUCAGCUCCCCCAGGCGGAGGACCAAUGAGGGCUCUGGUUCCCACGACAACGCCCAACCACAGCCGUCCACCCCAGAGAGAUCGGGGUUCCUGAGGAAGAUCCUGAAGAAGCUGCCGCACAAAGAAGCGCAGACGCCCGACGACGGAGACGUCACGCUGGCGCAGAGCCUCGCCGAGAGAGGAGCGGAGGAACCGUCGGGCAGCCGGACCCUGCGGAGGUCACGUGACACCAUCAAGAUCUGCACACGGGUCUCUGAGCCGUGGAACGCCUCGCUGGACCGUAAGAUCACCAACGUCAACGAGCUGCGGCAGCUGGACGAGUUCCUGGGGAACCAGGUGAAUGACCUGCGUUCGCAGGGGAAGGAUCUGUUGGCAACGGAGCAAAUCUUCCUCAUGGCCACCAGGGACUUCAGGGAGAUGAUCAAGGGCAUGUACUCGCUCGUGAAGCCGCAGAUCGGCUACAAGGCGCUGAUGAGCAGCUACGAGACGAGGGUGGCCCACCUGGCGGGGAACAGGCCCGAGACGGAGAGGCAGCUGGUGGUCAACCUGUUCCAGUCCGUGCUGGACGGCUUCAUUCGCGGGGAAGUCAAGAAGGAGGAAGCCGCGGAGGCCGAGCCUCCUAAGCCGGCGAAGGCGCGAAAGAAGAGGCGGAAGAAGGACAAGAGCAUGGAGAACCCGUUGGACCACAUGUUCAACACGUACCAGGUGAACAUCAUGCAGUCAUGUGACCACUGCCCCUUCUACAUCUGGGGCAUGGAGAAGGCCUGCAUGUGCACCUCGUGUAAAAUGGUGUGUCACAGGAAGUGCCUCUCUAAAAUCACCAUGUCCUGCUCCAAGAAGCAGUACGAGGAGUCUGACGGGCAGCACUUUGGGGUGAGCGUCUGCCGGCUGGUCUGCGAGAAGACCCCCGUCCCCGUCGUCAUGGAGAUGAUGCUGGAGCACGUGGAGAUGAACGGGCUGUACACGGAGGGCAUUUACCGCAAGUCCGGCUCCGCCAACCGCAUGAAGGAGCUGCACCAGCUGCUGGAGGCCAACCCGCACACGGUGUGCCUGGACGACUACCCCAUCCACACCGUGACCGGCCUGGUCAAGCAGUGGCUGCGGGAGCUUCCUGACCCCCUCAUGACCUUCACCCACUACAGCGACUUCCUGCAUGCCGUGGAACUGCCUGAUAAGCAAGAACAGCUCCAGGCCAUCUACAAAGUGUUGGAGCAGCUUCCCCAAGCCAACUUCAGCACUCUGGAAAGACUCAUCUUCCACCUUGUCAGGGUGGCGAAGGAGGAAGAGCACAAUCGCAUGUCCCCAAAUUGCCUGGCCAUCGUCUUCGCCCCCUGCAUCCUCCGAAGCCCGGACACCGAUGACCCCCUUAUGAGCAUGAAAGACGUUGCCAAGACGACCACGUGCCUGGAGAUGCUAAUCGUGGAGCAGACCAGGCGGUACAAUGAGAAGAUGGAGGAGAUUGAGCAGCUGGAGUGUGCAGAGGCCCUGGCCGUCAAGCAGCUGAAGCUAAAGAGGCAGAACACGCACUGGCACUUACCGCUCAGGUUUUCCUCUCCUUGCAUAGGAGCGGUGAUCCACGAGAAGGCGCGGCGCGUCGACCUGAGCGCGGUGCCGGAGAACGAGCCCGUGGACUCGGACACGGAGGGGGAGCUGUCCCUCAUGGAGCGCAUCAAGUCCAUCAAGCAGGAGAAGGAGGACUUGGCCUGCAGGCUUCCUGAGCUGGACCAGCCCGGUUCCGACCAGGAGAACCUGGACUCGGAAGCGUCCGUCAGCUCCGAGAGCCUGCUGGAAGAUCGGCCGGUGAACUCGGACACCGAAGGGAGGAGGACCGCGUUGCAGCGAAGGCUUUGGCCGGCCUGCCGCCCCGAACCCGCCCACCCGGGACCCCCAUCGAAAACGGCGAGCUGGCCGGCCGCCGUGACCCGGGAGCAGCUGCAGCGCCGCCAUCCCAUCAUCCCCGGCACCGUCAGGCUGCCCCACGGGGUGGCCUCCCUCGCGCAGGCCCCGGCCGCACGCUCCGUCUCAUUGGUCAAGAGGCGCGACCAACCCGCGCGCCGCAAAGACAGCAUCCAGUCCCUGUACAUCGUCCCGGGCCGGGGGCUCUACCCCCCGUCUCCCCCCCCCUCCUCCUCGUCCCCCGCCUCGCCCAACGAGCGCCAGGCCGGCGGUAAGGUCGCCCGGCGCUUCUCCGACCCCGACAUUCCGUACAUCGACGACGAGGCCUAGCCGGGCGGCGGACCCGGAAAGCCGUUUCCGCGCCGCCCGCGUCCGCGCGCCUCAUUGCGACAGGAUUGUGAUUCACGACAAUAACGAGAACCCUCGUUGUCUCACCAAGCACUUUUUCUAUACUAUAAUUGUAAAGUUUUAUGAAAAGACGGAUUGAAAAUUGAGCUGCAUUUUAGGCAGCGACUAAGACAUUAUUAAUAUUAAUAUGGACCUUUUUGUUUUUUUUGGCCGUCUUUUUUCAGAAAGGGACUAAUGUUACUUACAGUGAGGCAAGUCGAAUUGCACCUUUUCUUUACUUACCUUGCAUUGACCACUGAGUCAGGGGACCAAACUGAGUUCUCAUCUACUAAAUUGUGCCUUACUUUUUUUUUUUUUUCUGUAUAAAUGCAUUGUCUGCUUAUUCAUUUUAAUUGGCAGAAGUGGCAGGGUUUGUUUUCCAUGCUGUAGGUACAACUGAAUCGACUUGUUCCUAUGUUACGGUAAUUUUAGUCUUAAGACGUUUUUUUCCCCUUGUGUUGCUCUGGUGCGUUGUCUACGAUGGUCUGCCUGGUUCCUGCCGCCCCCCCGCCCCCCGUUCACCGCUGAAAGAAGAAAUGACACGGACAGAUUUCAUCACAGGCAAAACGGGAUCUAUGGUGGGAAAAACCUAGCCACGCCUCUCACGGAUACGGAAUGACCAAACAAAUGGCGAUUUGCUGCUUCUGUGUCUACAUCGCUUGUGUCACAGUCCCGCUUAUGGAAAGGGAGAUGGUUAUCUGUUUAAAAAAAAAAAAAAAAAAAUGUGUUAACCAUCCACCCCUUUUCAUUGAAUUUCCCACGAAGACAAUUCAGCUUCUCUCGUGUUCCUUUCCGGCCAAUAACCUCCAGGUUAUAUAAAGCAACUUCAAUGCCAAGCGCAGACUUUCAGUAUGCGAUAACCAUUUAUUGUUGAUGGGAGCAGGGUUCAGCGAGCUUUAUUUGCAUCAAAGCGAGUUGAAACAUUCCUUACCAUAACCGCACAUGUCAUCCAUUUCCAUUCCACACUACUGUAAUGUUCCCUUGCGUUCCACGAGCAAUCAAAUGGUUGAAACGACUUAUUAGCAGUGUAUGUAUAUAGUGCCUUAAAUGAAAGGCGCACAUCAGUGCAGUCUUUUAGAUGCUGUGUCUUUAAAAAGCGUUAAUACAAGGGUCAAUUUGUGUCGAUGGUCGAUCGAGAAGUUCUCCGAUUCGUUAUUCAUUAACUUUUUCCUGGAUGUGUCACUGUCCUGGCGUUUUCCCUUGUUUCUACUGUUCUACUGCUCUCCAUAAUCCUCCACAUGAAAAAUAUAGCAAUAAAUUGACAUUGUAUUUAAUUAUUUAAAAAUCCGAUGCUGUUAUGAGGCUUAACAUUGGCCGAACUUUUUUAAUCCGUGACGAUUGAGAAUCCAGAACUGAAAAGAAGACCGCGCGCGACCACUUGACUGAAACCUUUCUCAGACUGUUUUUAAACGCUUGCUGCUUUGCGUCGAUUCCACGGACGAAAUCGUCCGUUGAGCAGCCGCCUCAAAAGAUUUAUGAACAUUCACUGUGCACAGUGUAAACGGUUUCUGUCCCGGAAACAAACUUUGAUUCUGCGUCCUCUGUCUGUGUGGAAAGUGCGCGAGACUGCUGUAAAAAUGUGUUGAAUGUCUGUGUUUUGUUUGCCUAAGCAUUUGGUAUCGGGGUACACAGCGUACUGUAACAAUGCUACCGGAACAGAUUGAGCACCCGUGCUUAACGAAACCAUAAGAUAUGUCAUUCGCAGGACAUACUGUUAACGCGGAGCGCAUCUUACUGAGGCAGAAAUGGAUACAUGCCAGGACCGCCUUUAGUGUAGGGCAGAGAUCCUUUUUUAAUAUGUACUUUCGUUGAUUUCUAUUUUUAUCUGCAAGUGGCUUACAGAUGUUCUGAAUGUGGUCUAGACUGCUCUUCUCUGGUGGACUUUGAAUUUGGAAUUUGAUGCGGUUGUUUUGAAAAGAAUGAGUGUUUUGACCGUAAUGUAUGGGCCUGUUUGACAGUAAAGUAGUGAGUAGAUUAACUGGUUUAUUUUCUUUCUUUUUUUCUGUUUACUGUAUGUAUGCUAUUCAUCUUUGACAAGAUUGUAUGCGUUUUUUUUUUCUUGCGAGGACAAGCAAGAAUAAAGUUUCGGUGCCAGUG